AUGUUGGCCAAUUCAGAAUUUUCAACCCUGUUUGACUCCAUAUCAGCCGUUGCCAACCUUCACAACAGUGGCCCAAACAUGGCCAUUUUUUCGAACUUCAAAUCCACUGGCUUAGCACUGGGGCCACACCCAGAUGGGAAAUCCCGAACUGCAGAGACUUUCCUGGGCUUGUAUUCAGCCACAAAACCUAUUUCCAGUGACCAGUUUUUAGGAUGUCUGACUGCAUUGUGGUAUUUUAAGAUUAUAACUGUAAUUCCCAACACUAUAGCUUCAGAGUUUGCCCCAAAUUUCACCAUCAUAUCAGCUGGAUUUGUUGCUGCAACGAGUGAUCCUCUUGGCUGCUGUGAUGUUACUCCAACUGGCUAUGCACAAAUGACACAAAUGUAUAGUAGUAGUACUCUUUCUGGAGAGAAGUUACUGGUCAUCCUUGAGGAUGAAUUCAAUCUUCGUUCAAUAUCAUCCUCUGCCACUGUAGUAAUUAAGCAGCGCUGCAGCAGCAGCGAUGCUGCUGUGGGUGGUGGUUUGCGGUGGAGUGCUGAUUCGAUUGGAGUAUUGGGCGGCGGAUUGGUGGCCGAUUUGGUGAUUCGAUUGGAUCUAAUUUGUUGUUGGUUGGUGUUUUGCGACGGAGUAUUGGGUGUGGCGGUUUGGCUGUUGGCGGAUUUGUGGGGUGGCGAAUUGGUGGUUGGCUGUUUAUGUUUGCGGUCGUUGGUGGCGGAUCUAUUGAUGGUGGUGGCGGAUCUGCUGUUGCAAGUGUUCUGUGGCUGUGGGUGUGGUGGCUGCGAUCUGUGA